AUGACUGAUGCCGAUUCUGAUGAGAACUGGCUCGUUAGCGAGCCUGUUGUGACCGAAUGGUAUGACGGCCAGGUGCGACAGCUCAAAUAUCUGGGCUUCUCUUCCCCUUCCAAUUGGAGGUCGCACCUUACUCUCAAUUUUGGUCUUGCCGUUUCGGAAUCGAAGCGCGAGGCUCUGUUUUGGUUCCGCCUUCCCAUCCGUGUAAAGUCACGAACAACGACGAGGCCGACCAAGUUCUACGUUUACUUCAUCGUCGAGCCCGACAUGUUUGAUGUGGAUGGCGAAGAUCAGGGUCUCUCUUUUUCCCAGCAGCCGAACGUGCCAUCAUCGGUCCAGUUAGCCUUCAAAGGCAGCAACAUCUGCCAGUCAGACAGUGAGCUCAUUCGCUUGCGUUUCAAUCUCAAAACCCCCAGUGUCGUGGUCAUGCCGAAAGCUGAAGAGUCCCCAUUCGAGCCUUCGGCCAUCAAUCAGCAAGUAUUGCUCGCGUUGAAGUCGCUCUCAGAAGCCACCAAGUUCAGCGCCUACGUUCCUCAGAGCUCUCUGUCCACCAGCCGUCUCCAAACGCUUUGUCGAAUGAUACAGCACGGGCAUCUACAACCGCGGCCUCGUGAGAUACAUACCCUUUAUCACGGCAAAAGCGGCGAGAUGAAUGCAUGGGGGAACUUUGUCCUUUCUUCGGGCCAGGAAGAGGCGGCAGGUCAAACGAAGGAAUCAUUCUUCACGCGGGAGUCGGUCUCAUUUGCUGAGGGCCCAUCAGAGUCCAGCGAGAAACAAGCUGCGGCAGCUGAAGUGCAGGAGCAAGCUGUGGUCGAGUCGGUAGAGAAAGACGACCGACCGAAACAUUUCUAUCUCAAUGAGAAUCGAGUAGAGGAACGGCAAGGUAGCAUUCCGCCUACCUAUCAAGAGGCCGGUCCUCCUUCGCCACCAGCUGCAAACGCUGCUACGGCCAGUCCACUAUUGAGGACGGCGAAAUCUUUCAGCAUCCCCCCAGCCGGCGAUGUUCUGAAAAUAGUACGGCAGUCGAGUGCUCCUCCCGCCUGUCAGAGACAUUCCGAGGAACGCCCCGCUCUGUUUGUGCCACCGAAGCCAUUACCUGAACUUGAACCUCCUAGCGCCGUGCCCGAGGGUCAAGUGGCAGCCGAAGACACAGGUCAGACCGCCCCUCGGUCAUCCAAACGGAGCAAGCCUCCCUCUGAUGACGAAGUGGGUGAGGAUGAUGACUUGGAAACCACCACCUCCACAAGAGACAACAAACCCCAGAAGCCCCUUCUCAAGUCGAAGACCACAAUCAAAGUCCGCCGCCCUUCCAAACAAGUCCGCUUCGACGACGCCGCCGGCACAACAGCCAGCUCCUCCCGCCGCCGCCGCAGCCACCCUCCCACCACACCAUCAUCAUCAUCAUCGUCGUCGUCCCACCCACCCAUCCCCACCCUCCCCCCUCCAUCAACAACAUCCCUCCCCUCCUUCUCCCUCACCGCCCUCUCCACCUCCCUCCCCAAACCGCAAUCCGCCCUCCUCCGCCAAACAAUCGACUGGUUCAAAUGGGCGUGGACGACCCCGACCCACCGCGCGAGCCAAACGCAGAGCCAACAGCAACAGCGCCAGCGCCAGCAGACACGUCGCCGCCACCCCCCCAUCAUCUCCGCCACCGCCCCCCUGACCCACCCCCACCUCUGCGCCCUCGGCACCGCCGCCCGCGCCGGCGACACGGACGCGUGGCUGGCGACGCGGGCGCGCUGCUCCGCGCGCGUGCUGUGGGAGUGCGACGACGUGGACCCCGCCCGUGGUGAUGACGCCGCCGACGCCGCCGGGGAGGACGAGAACGAGGACGAGAACGAGGAGGACGAGGAAGGGGAAGAAGACGAGCGAGAAGACGGGGAAGAAGGCGAAGCGUCGUUGUUGCUGCUGGGGGAGCUAGAAGCGUUUUUGUUGUGGGUGGGGCGGGUGGCGCCGCGGGCGGAGAUGGCGCUGACGGGGGAGCUGCGCGAGUUGGGGCGGCUGGCGAGGCGCGGGGAGGGGGCGUGGUUGGAGCAUGGGAUGGCGGUUUGUGCGGGGUUUGUGGUGUUUUGGUUUGGGGAUGGGGAGGAGGGUGCUGGUGCUGGUGCUGCGUGA